AUGACAAGCUUUUCCUUCUUCAAAUCACUUCUUUUCUUUCUCCUCACCAUUUCAGAUUCAUUUAUGCAAAUCAAUUGCCUAAGUUUUGGAAUAAACUAUGGACAAAUAGCAAACAAUCUACCAUCUCCUUCUAGAGUAGCUGUUCUCAUAAGAUCAAUGAAUGUCACAAAGAUCAAACUCUAUGAUGCUGAUCCAAAUGUUCUACUUGCUUUCUCUCAUUCAAAUGUUGAAUUUGUUAUAGGACUUGGAAAUGAGAAUCUUCAAAACAUGACUAACCCUUCCAAAGCUCAAAAUUGGAUUCAACACCAUGUUCUACCUUACCUUUCACAAACCAAAAUAACUUGCAUAAAUGUUGGAAAUGAAGUUCUCAAUAGCAACAAUACUCAAAUGAUGUUAAAUCUUUUACCUUCGAUGCGAAAUGUCUAUACCGCUCUAGUUAAUCUCGGGUUAGACCGAUUAAUCAGUGUCGCGACCGCUUUUUCUUUCAACAAUUUGGAAAAUUCUUACCCUCCUUCAUCAGGUUCUUUUAAGCAAGAUUUGAUUCAAUAUAUUCAACCACUAGUUGAGUUUCUUGAUGAAAUGAAAUCACCUUUUCUUAUUAAUGCUUACCCUUUUUUUGCAUACAAAGAUAACCCUAAUGAGGUACCUUUAAACUAUGCACUUUUUCAACCAAAUCAAGGUUUGGUUGAUCCAAACACAAAUUUACAUUAUGAUAACAUGUUGUAUGCACAGAUUGAUGCUGUUUAUGCUGCAAUCAAAGUGCUAGGGUUUACAAAUAUUGAAGUUAGGGUUUCUGAGACAGGUUGGCCUUCUAAUGGUGAUUCUGGUGAAAUUGGAGCUACAAUACAAAAUGCAAAACUGUAUAAUGGAAAUUUGCUUAGAAGAAUUGAAGAAAAACAAGGAACUCCUGGAAAGCCUUUGGUUCCAAUUAAUGUAUAUGUUUUUGCACUUUUUAAUGAAGAUUUGAAAAAUGGUCCUGCUUCUGAAAGAAACUAUGGUCUUUAUUAUCCAAAUGGUAGCCCAGUUUAUAACAUUGGAUUGCAAGGUUAUCUUCCACAAAUGGCUCUGCCAUCCAAAUCUAAUGUAUUGUCUUUCAAUUUUCUUGUAUGGAUAGUAGUUACAUACUUGAUCUUUGCUUGGGAGCUUUGA